AGGAGAACAUAAGAUUGUCGCUCGCAGUGUGGAAUAUUCACGUGGUCAGUCAUAUGCAGUCCCGUCACAGCGCACGCGCGUUCCUGUUUGUGGUUUUGAUCAUUGCUCAAAGCCUAUGGCUUACGUAAUUUUUUUUAAUUUGACGACAGAGCCAAAGUAGCUCCGUUUGCAGUUGUGAACUUCAUGGAGAGCAAGGAUUUACCUUCACCUGCUGGCAGUAAGAGUGGUACACCUGGUCAGGGAGGCACUGUCACUGAACAGGAUUCUGUCAAAGUAAAUGUAGAGCGUGCAGUGGACAAAAAUAACCCCAUGUGCUAUAUGGACAUAAGUGCAAUGGGCAGACCAGUGGGACGCAUCGUGGUGGAGCUACGUGCAGACGCUGUACCUCGAACUGCGGAAAAUUUCCGUCUGUUGUGCACUGGCGAGGUGGGCUUCGGCUACCACGGCUGCACCUUUCAUCGUGUCGUCCGUAACUUCAUCUGUCAGAGUGGGGCUUUUCUCUCGCCAACGGGCCAGAAGGGUGGCUGCUCCAUCUACCACAACCAUGGCUAUUUUGAGGAUGAAGAUUUCUGCAUCUUGCACUCCAAACCGGGCAUCCUUUCCAUGGCCAAUGCAGGGCCCGAUAUGAAUGGAUCUCAGUUCUUCAUCACCUUGGGGUACUGACAUCAAGUGUUCUGCAGUGAUGACAUUUAAGACACCCUCACAACCAUGGUGGAUAUUCGUUCUGCACACCAGCCAUUGGCUGCUUUGUCAAGCUUCACCACAGUGUCCGUAACAACUGAAGUAUCGUGAACCCUUUCCAAUAAUGCAAAUUGCUUUGCAUAAUUUGGAGCUGGGUGCACAGAACUCAUCCAGUGCCAGAUCCUUACAGUUAGUGCUCUUCAGUGACUCCAGCCUCAACAUGUUCCAGCCCUGUAUGUAAAGGUUUGCGAAGCUCCGUAGUGGUAUGAACGUUUGAUAUUCUUGGCAAAUGUUCUAGUUUCUCUUUGCAUUGUUUCGAUAUGUGAAAGCUAGCUCAGCCACUAGCAAACGAAAAAAUCCCAAAGAGGAGGCUAGUUUAGAACAAUAUUUGCAAUAUUUACUCUCAUAAUUGACUUACUUACUGGUAACUAAUACGCCCCACACUUUAUUUUUCCUCGUACAUUUAAUGCACCUUGGUUGGACGAGGGUACCGUACGGUACCACACCACAUGCUCUGGAGCUGACAAGACCCCAGUCAAAGCACACAGACAGAUCUGCAACAACAAACACCCUGGCAUGGCACAUGAACAUUUUUACGUCAUUUUCAUUUCACCUUGGCAUGACAGAACAGUAUUGGUAGCACUCAUCUGUGGUUGUGAUCCUGGACUGCUUGCACCCAUAUAGAGUUGUUGAACUCGGUAUUUCAGCACAUUAUGAAGACUCAUUACUGCAGUUUUUCUUUUAAAUACGGGAAGGUGCGCGACUUCACCGACGCAAAAUUACUCUCGUAAUAUGGGUGCACAGAACUGAAAGGGGUGUUACCUCAAUAGGAGCCAUUUCACUAACAGAGAUAUAGUAACGCAAAUGAAGCUGUAAGGCCAGCACCAGGAACUGAAAUAUUUGAGUAACGAAAAUUAAAACUAAUGCCGAUGCUCCAGUUAUCCUAACCUGCCCCUGGAAGAGCCUUUCAGAGAGUAUGUUUGAUCGCUGCAUAGUGUGGAUGGCUACCGCACAGUGCAAUACCACAAGCUGUUCGUGAAGGAAGUGUUCCAAGUGUGGAGAGUGAUAUCUUCUGGUAGCAUAAUAAAAAGCUUUAAGAUGACUAGGAUCUCUU